GAGCUUCCCUCACAACACAACCAGUGUCCUCUGCUCAGACCUACCUUUGGCGCUCAUCCUCACCCGGCUUGCAUGGUGAGCUGUCGCUGCAAAUCACGGGCAUCAAACAACCUCGUCGAACAUCCUGGUUCGCCGCUGGUGGCUUCAGCUACGGAAAAAGUUCACUCGUCAAGGGAACAGCUCGAUUCGAGCAAAAUUGCCCUGCCAAUCUGGCUUUAGCCAUCUAGCACCCCCGCCAGAAGCGUCCCGCAGGAAGCUAUGGCACAAAAAGCCAAAAAGGAGCUCGCCGCACGGAAUGCUGCCAAACUGAACCAGACCCUCUACUUCUCAAUCUCGGUCCACACGUUCUUUAUCCUGCUACGACUUCUACUCUUCCGUCACUCUUUCACGACUCGCUCCUUGAUCCUAUAUCUCGUCCUUUCCACUCCCUCCUUCCUCAUCCACUUUUGGUUGGAGAGAAUCGGACGGCCGACAUAUACGCCACCCUCUAGCUCAUCAACAAGCGAGAAAGGCGACCUGAAAAGUGCAGGCGAGGAUCUCGAUGCCAAGGGACUGACUGAGUUCUUGUGGGAUGUCACAUACUGGACGUGGGGGUGUGUAGUGUUUGCCGCUGCUUUCGGCGAUCGGGCAUGGUGGCUCUAUCUUGUCAUACCAGCCUACGCGGUCUACCUAGCAUACACUACUUUCAUGGGAGCAAAGCGGGGUAUGGCUGGGUUCGGAGGAAUUUCACAGGGAGAAGAGGGGAUUAGCAGUGGUGUAGGAAGUAAGAGGCAGAUGAAAAUGGAGAAGAGAGGCGGUCAGAAGGCUGUUUAUAGAUGACGAACCCUUGGCUAAAUGUUGAGGUGGUCGACAGCCGUCCUUGAGACCCGUGAUGUGCAGAAAGUCCUAAGCAGGUUAAACUCUCUCUACCGGAUCUCGUACCCAGGUGGGUGUAAAGAAAGCAUCGACGGGUCGAGGAGUCGAACAUUAAAUGAGAUCACAGAAUUCCAAGUGAGUGUCCAGCAUCGUACCCGGAAGGCAAGCAGAUUGGUGCCGUCAGUCCGCUGCGUCGAAAUCCACGCUGGUGAUCAUCUACUGGCAUUAUUACCGUUAAAAGACGCUCAGUUUGGCGCAGUCCUGAGCACAGAGAGCCUUAUGGUUCAUGGUCGCAUUCGAACAUUACCGAAAGGAAAGCACAGAGCCGGAUCAGGUUAAUUCGCUUUCGAGCUUAUGGGUACAUCGAGAAAUUUGUUGCAACCACAGAUGUCUUGAGAACUUUCGCUUUAGUGCUCGGUUGAGUUGAUCGUGUUGCUGAUGCUGCACGUCAAUGUCUUAAAGCUGUUCAGUCCUGUUCUAGAUCGACUCAACAUAUUCGUUAUGAGCCAAAUCACCAUGUUUUAGGUUGUGCUCGCGUUGAGCCAAACCAAGAGUCAUUUGGUACACUUGGCUUCCAACAGCGAAUCUACCUUUGAUUUCAUCCGCCAAGUUUUGUGUUCAUCUUGUUCAUAUCUAUCCACCACGUCAAUCUCUUGUGUUCAACGAAAAGAAGGCAAUGUUCAGCAUUUUUAUGAUGACAGCGUACGGAACAUUCGCUUUCUUAUCAAUCUCAGUG